CGAAGGCGUCGGCAAACACAAUUGCGGCGCGCGAUUGGCCGCAAGGAUCAUCUCAUAAGUAUCCAGUAGUCGGCUGCGCGUUGUGGUCGAUCGCGCUCCUCUCUUAUUGGACGCGACGCUUCAGACGAAACGCCCACUCUCAGAGCAGUGCAACAGUGCGUGAGCGCACGCUCGUAAGCAGUGCAACAGUGCGUGCAGCGCAGCGCUCGUAAGCUCUCAUGGAUCGACUAGACACGCACCGCCGACACGAGGACGUCGCCCCCGAACACCUGCACAGGGACCGCACCGUCGACGCGCUCGACCUCGCUGGGCAUCAGCGGUGGCAAACGCGCCCCGGGUUUCUUCAUGACAUGAAGUCGUUUUUAGUGGACUGCGUUUCUCCUUUGAUGCUGGCGUCAAGGGGUCCGCCCCGGCCUCUGCCGCGCGUCGGUCCCGAGCCCACCACGCAGCGCGUCGAACCCAAGCCUGGUGACAGAGUUCGCGUCGUUGAUGGGAGUUCCUCGUACGAAGCUGAGCUAUUGUCGAUCGAAGACACGCACCCCGAUGGAAAUGGGCGCAUACAUACAGAUGGGAUCCUGAAACUCGACGACGGUGAAUACAGGAUCGUCGACUUCUGGAAAAUAUCCAAGGUAGCAACGGAACCGCAGACGCCGCGGCCGCCCGACCUGCCGCGCGAGCUCCGGGACGCCGGCUGGUCCAUCGAGCUCCAUCGGACGGGUCGGUGGUUCUACCAGCACCGGAUGCCGGGCGGCCGCCCCAGUACGCAGUACGAGCGGCCGGGCUGGCCCGACGCGCCGGUCGAGGCGCCGCUGCGGCGGACGCUGCCGGUCGAUCGCGAUCCGUUCCGCGCCCUGCCGGCCGACGUCGUGGGCCGCAUCCUCGAGAACUUUGCCCUCGACCCAUGGGUCCGCGACGCGCUGGGGCACGCGGCCCUGGAUCGCCACGGCCGGCGCGAGUGGAAGAACGACGCGGCGCUCGCGGACCUCCUCGCCUUUGGCCUCUGCUCUAAGGAAAGUCGGCGGGCCGCGACGACGGACGCGCUCUGGCGCGAGCGAAUUGCCCUCCUCGAGCGGACGCACGUCUGUCCGAGCGAACCCGCGGGCGCCUGGGCGUGGCGUUCUCAGGAACUCGACGCCUACGUGGACCCGCGCAUCAUUUACCCCAAAGCCUACGCGGCCUAUACGUGCUUUCGACGGUACGAGAGACUGGGGGAGAUUCGAAACAACGUGCGUUGGAAGCUGCAGCGGCUUCGCAACGAAAAGCAUUGGACCGCGCGGGACCAGGCAAAGUUAGCGGAGGUCUCCAAUAUGGCUCGCGAGGCUCUCGAGGGCGAACAAGCAGGGGAGGCUGAAGACGAAACGUUGCCGAAGCACGACCUUACGACCUGCACUCGGCACAGCUACGAGGACUGCUUCAAGUUUUGCGAGAGCCACGUCGUAGCGAGGACGAUCGUGCAGUUCGCGAUGCGACAGCUCGAUGGCGGCGUCGACGGUCAAGUGCGGACUCUGAUCGCGCGCGGAUUCGCCGACGUGGAUGUUACCGGCCUCAUCUCCAAGGAGGAAGAUCUCGACCCCGUGGAAGAUCCUGAGGACGAGUGGGAUGCUGAAGAUAAUGUUGCGUUUGCCGUGUCGGGAUGCGGCAGGCUGAACCCAUUCCGAUACGAAUUCGACGACCUGCCGCCGGAGCCUGAGGCAGCCGCUUAGUGUGUGUAAGUAAGAAUAGUG